AUGAAGAUUGAUGAUCUACAAGCUUCUCUUACAGGCUAUGAAAUGAGAAUUGGGACUCCAACUAUUCAAAUAAGAGAAGCUGCACUUAAAGCCAAAGAAGUCACUGAAGAAUCUGAACCAAAGUCUGAGGAAAAUGAUCUUAAAGAGGAUGAAGUGGCCUAUCUAUCAAAGAAGUUCAAGAAAUUCAGAUUUAAGAAGAGAAUUCAAUCUCAAAAUCUAACUUGUUAUGGUUAUGGCAAGCCUGGCCAUUAUGUCUCAAGUUGUCCAACUUCAAAAGGGCAAAACCAGAGGAAGAAAGAAGGGGGAAAAUUUAAGGGAAGAUUUGGAAAAAAGGCUCUCAUUUCAAAGUGGGAUUCAGUUUCUGAAGAAGAUAAACCUAAAGAAUCAAAAGAAGAUGAAUGUUUGUUUAUGGCUAUUCUUAAAACACCACAGACAGUAACUGAAGUUGAAGAAGAUAGUGAAGGCAGUGACUUCGAGAUUGAAGAAAUACUUGAAGAAUGUGAGAGACUUGCUGUGAAGUGCAACCAACAAAAGCCUCAGCUGAAAGCCCUCAAUUCUGAAUUGCAAAAAUCCAAACAACUUCUUGUUAAACACUUCAAACUUAAGCUGUCUACCUUGUGUUUAAUUUCUCUUAUCUUCUCAAGUCUAAAGAAGUCUCAAUCCAACACUGAAUGGUUAACCAAAAGAUAUAGAGAAGAACUCUCACUGAUUCUUGAAGAAAGGUCUUUGAAAAUGGCUGAGAUUUGGAAGCAAUCCACAAAGAAAUUUGGGAAGACAGGAAUUGGUUACAUCUAUGACACUGCAACCAAGGUUAAACAAAAUCACACUAUAUUUGUUAAGGCAUCCUCAGGAAAAGUAUAUGCAAGAUUUCCAAUUAUAAAAUCCUCGAGAACAAAGUAUGAUUUACUUGACAACUUUUACAGCAAAUCAAGGUUAAAUAAAAGUGAUUUUGUCACAUCAUCUUUCAGGAAUUACAAAGUUACCAAAAUGUAUGUGAAGAAGUCUGAUAUAACUCUAGUUCAGAAAGUUAAGAAUAACAGAUCUCUUGUGAAGUCUAAGAUGAUGCGUAUACCAAAGAGAAUGAAUGUUGUGAGUAUGUUGGUGUAUACAGCUUUCAAAGCUGAUAACACAAAUGACAAAUGGUAUGUUGACAGUGGCUGCUAA